AAUAUUUAGAAAAUUUUUUAGAUAUAAUGGACGAGGAAGAAAAAAUGGACGUAGACAUUGAAACAGGCUCUGGCUGCGAACCUGAGCACAUCAAUCAACACGAUUCAAGAAUGAAAAAUUUUAUUCGCGCGGCCAAAAUAUGGAAUCGAAUGCCAUUGCAUCAAAAGGAAGCAUAUCGCAAUAUAUACGACGAUACAGAGCACAGUCCAAGCUGCUUGGAGAUGGAUGAAAGCGAUUAUGACAGUGAGGACGAUUGUCCAAUGAAUGCUGCUAAUGUUGGGAAGGCUCCUCGCUAUACACAAAGAAAGAGUCCGAUACAGAAAACGACGGUCAAAUGCGUCAAUCAACAACGUGGUAAGCGCAAGAAGCCGAAAAAAUGGGUCAAACCGGGCCCUGUCACAAAUAAUGCUUAUCUGAACUUUGUGCGUACGAUUCGCCGAAAAUAUUGUGGUCUGCAGCCUAAACAGCUAGUAAUACUCGCGGCAUACGAGUGGAGGAAUCUGAGCGACGCUAAGAAAGAAAAAUAUCGUCGUCAGGCUUACGAGAUAAGUGCCAUGGAACGCGAAAAACGCGAAACCAAUUACAAAAGGCAGCGACGCACUCAUUGCCACUGUUAGCGCAACGUCUUCUAUUUCCAUUUUAAAAGUGCGAAAUUUACAAAUUUUCAGUGCACUUGACUCAUCAAUUGGACUG